AUGAUGAUGAUGCACCAAGCAUCCGGAUGCCUACAAAGCUUCGGUUGCGCCACACAGCAAUGCCCGAGUACGACUUGUCAUUUUCGGAAAAGGGAGAUCGGUCGCGAGACAGAGCCUCUUUUACGAACUCGUCGUGGAACCUCCGUCGUCCCUAGAGUGCGAAUUUCCUGCCUCUCUCACACGCCUCCGUGA